ACGUCUUACGUAAAGAGACAUGGCUCCCUCCAGGUGUGGGAUGCGAGUGCGGAUUUCACUCGCUGUUAUCGGCAUUAUAGUGGGCUUGGCAGUUCUUGGUGUGUUUGGGGUUAAAUUCAAGAACUGGAGUGCAGCAAUAUGGGGCGCUAUUUCAGGUGUCUUCGCCGCAGUAACACUGUAUGUCCACAUACAGUAUAUACGAGACAUCUGGAAAACCUUCUUCUACAAGCUGAAGUAUCUGAUGUACACAGGGUGUUUUGUACAGCUGGCAGGAGUGUGUGGAUUUAUAGUGUACCUGACACUGGGCAUUGUACAGAAAAUAGUUUUUACUGAAUUCUAUGGAGAGAACUACUACCUAACAUGUGUCUGGUGUUUUAUGACUUGGAAGUGGGGCUUUGCUCUGUUCUACUACUCACGUUCCUACAGAAGACUCUAUGAAGACACGUAUCUGAUAUCAAACCAAGAGGAAUAACAUCAUGAAUUAUUUUGGGGGGUGGAAAGUUUUGUUCCCUUGUGUUAUUUUUAGUCUUACAAAAGACUAUACAAAUGUGCAUUUUUGAUAACAAAUUCAGAAGGAGCAGCAGCAAAAAUUGCUACAUAAAAAGAAAGUUGGAUUUCACCUCCAAACAAAGAGGGCAGUAAUACAACUUAUUUUUGAGGGAAAUUGUGUUCCAUCUCCUUCUGUGAAGUGUUCAUGAAGAUACAUGUUAGACUGAAAAGCAAGAGAUGACAUAAUAACUUUUCAUUUUAAGAAUUAAGUCUAAAGGAACAAAGUGACAACUAUCCACGUGGCAUUGCAAGAGAACGGCAACAUUUGGUUGUUGUAUACAGAAAGCAUUAUUAAGAGUAGCUAGUAUUAGGUUAUUACAGUGAUAUCUCUGUACUCUACGCUUACAUAUACACAUUCACUUAUACAUCAGAAGUGUAAUCAGCUCUUUCUGCACAAAUAAUUUGUGUUGGAUUUCCUGUGAAGUGCUCAUAAAGAGAAACUUUAGGGAGAGGCAGAGAUGUCCUUUAUUUCUUUUUCCCCCCCGUGUUCAAUAUUUUUCUCGUUUUCACAUUAGAUCAAAUUCUACUUCAUCAGAAAGUUAUUUAAUUUCACAUUUAAAGCAGAAGUAUAUUUUGAUAAUUUCCCUUAGUAAAAAUUAUUUAGCAAAAGAACAAAUGGCAGCAAGACGUACUGUUACCAAAUACGCUUCUCCAUCGAAACAAAGGGUUUGGGGUCACCCACGCCCACUUCUGGACAGAAUACUGCUGCCAGUCUUUCCUUAUAAGCUUUGUAAACAUAUUAACCAAUUUUAUAAACAUAUUGGCCAGUUGUUAAAUAUUUUAGGAAGACAUAUACACAUGAUUGUGAGAAUGUAUAAGCAAAUAUGUUAGUCAGAUUUGAGGGAUAUUUAGAAUUAUAUGAUCUGAUGAAGGGAUUAUAUUUUUAACUUUGAAAAAAAAAAAGAGGUCGUUUUUGUUAGUUUUGAUUUACGUAACCAACCCAAAUAUAUCUCAAUGUAAGAUGCUCAAAAUGUUAAUUAUGGUUAUGAAGAUUGGUUUGUUAUCCUUAAUAAAGUACGUUCAAGUAAAACUCAAGAGAGAGUUGGUGCCAGCAAACAAUUCUGAGACUAAUAAAAGUUCACAAAAUUCUGAUAUAUAUACCAAUUAACUUUAUUUCAGAAUAAAUUACAAUAUUUUUUUACUGGU